GGCCCGAGGAGCGGUGAGACUUGAGAUUAGAGCUCAUUUAGACGAUGCAAGAACUCGUUUUCAUUACAUUGCGGUAUGUGAUCGGUCGGCUAAAUUGGAUAUAAGCUCAAUAGUCAGCAAUGUAUGCGAGUUGGCGCCGUAUAUAAGCCCUAAGAAUCCUAAGAUUAUCUAUUUACAUUUGUUAAAGCUACUAUCUCGUCUGGUUGACCCUCGCUGAUAGGUAGGUACAAUAUGAUGUGUCUGAAGUAAUGAUUCAAAGCUUCAGAGGAAAUAUUAGUGGUCAUAUUCCAUACGUUCUCGACAUUUUCCUCUCUGGUUUUGCUUUUUUUGAAAUUCUUGUUUUUAUAUGAACUAGGUUAUUCUGGUUUCCUCAAACAACGUUAUUAAAACGGCAAAAUAAAUGCGCCGUAAACAAACGCUUAGCAUACAAAAUAGGCAGCAAUAAACGCAAAAGUCAACACGGUUAGACACAGAUAAUUUCUUUCUCAUUCCGUUUCCAAAAUUUAAUUACGAUCGGUUAAGUUUUGGAGGAGGAAAAUGUUGAGAACGAUACCUCGAUUUCUGUGAGAUUUUUGGCCUAACUACUAAGCUGCGGUUGUCCUUGUCCCUAUCACACUAAUUUUGAGAGCCGCCCCGUCAGCGCUACGGAGAUAUUCACCAAAAAUUCUCAAAUCUGUGAAGGGGCUCAGCUGGUACUUAUUUCCUCUUAAGCACCUUCAGUGUACCGAAAAAGUUUGAGUUAGUGCUGAACAGGUAAAACUUACAUUCUCAAUGAGUCAUAUGUUUUUUUAGUUCACUGACAAUGAGCCAAUGUAAAAACAAAUAAUACAAUUAAAGUAAAUAUUCCGCAUUCCUAACAAAACGACAAACUAGAAUAACCUUCACCUUCAGUUAAUUUAAUUGCAUGUAAAUGAAUAUAAAUAUACAGAAUUCCAUCCAUCUUAUGAGAUAACAAUAAUAUAACCGGUACAUUCGAUAGACGUUAAUUUGUUUACUUUGCCGAUUCAUUGAGAGACUUCCAGACGAGUUGGAUGUAUGUUUCUCCCGUGGUCCUGUUUGGGUUUUAAAAAGUAAAAAGUUACGGCCAUUUUGAAAAAGUUCGCGCGUUUUGUUUGUGGUGCAAUUAUUUUUUUGAUGAGCUGAGCAAACGGAAGCGAAGAUGUGGUCUCGUGAGCAGCUCGCAGUGGAACUCUUCGACGCCGGCGCAGUCCGAUUGGGCGACAUCGAGGCCAAGCAGGGCCGGCGGACGCCCAUAUACUUCGAUCUGAGGGUCAUCGUGUCUCACCCCACGAUUAUGAUGGCGGUAGCGGUGCAUCUCCAAAAAUUAGCAGCCGAAAUAAAGCACGACAUCCUAUGCGGGGUGCCAUACGCCGCCCUCCCGAUCGCCGCCGUCAUGAGCGUCAACACCGGAACACCCAUGAUUAUGAAAAGAAAGGAAACCAAACUCUACGCCACCAAGAAAAUCCUCGAAGGGAUCUUCCAACCGAAACAAAAAUGUCUCGUUAUAGAGGACGUAGUGACAUCUGGCGGCAGUUUGCUAGAAACAGUAAGCACGCUACGCGACGAAGGCUUAUGCGUCACCGACGCCGUCGUAGUUCUCGACCGCGAACAAGGUGGCACUGCUGUGCUUAAAAGAAAUAGCGUCACUGCACACUCGCUUUUCACAAUGAGCGAAUUAGUUAAAAUUCUUAAAGACGCCGGGCGAUUAACAGAUGAAACUGUAGAAAUGGUUUCUGAUCAUAUAAAAGUAUGUCAGUUCGGUAUUGGCGAUAAUUUAGAAAUAACUGAGCGCGUUUAGGCCAACUAAUAAUUACAAUUAAAUUUCUGAUACGCGUACGACACGGCCGGUAGAAAACAGCACUUCUUCCAUACGUCUUCGUAUUGAUUUUAGUAUCCCCAUACCACCUAUAUGCACGCAGAUAUUCCUACGUGACAAUUUAUUAAAUAAAUAAUAUAUUUGUGAAUCAACACAGCCGACCUGUUUAGUUUUGGAGGCGGACGGCUUUACCAUAAUUGGGUGGGAGGAUGAAUAAGUUGGGUGAAUCACACCGAUGCGAUGAGUAGGUAGGUAUACGCGCCUAUUUCUAACUUAAAUAUAAUAUCUUCUAGACUUAAGGAUUUCAGAGUAAUACAUUUUUUAUAGCUUUAAUAUGAAAUCUAUCUAUCUAGCUAAAUAUAAAUACCUACACCUACCUACCUUUGUAGUUUUACAUGUAAAUUGCUUUAUUAUUAGUGCAAUAAAGUACUUACUUACCUACGUUGUUGAAAAUAUCACUGAACCAAGUUGAAAAUCUAAUUCCCAGCCUAGUCAGAACCUUGUAUGAGUUUUAUGCUUCCUUACAAAAUUAUAAGAGAGUCAAAGAAUAAAAAAGAUUGGGACUCCUUGACCUAGGUAAAUUUUUGUACAUACUUGCUCCAAGGAAUAGGUAGGUGGUAGUAAGUAGUAGGUAAUCAACUCAAAUGAUAUUGUAUCAAUCAAGCAUUAUCUAUAUGCCUACCCAAUUGAUUAGCCAAUGUAGUCUAUGUUUGCAUAUUUUUAUGAUAUAAAAACAAAAUGAACAAGAGCAAGCCACAUCGAUAUUGUUUUAAAAAUGCGAAUGACUAUACAAUCAUUUGGUUGUAUCACCGAAUUGGAGCCAGUAGUAGUAUCGAAAACGUUAAUUUAGGCAAAAACACGGUAUAAUGUAAGAUAAUGAAUAUUGAUGUAGUCCGUUUCUAAAGGUACCUAGAUAAUGAUUAACGGUUAAUUCUCAAUUAAGAAAGUGAGCUAUCAAUGCGAGCCGGCUAGCUAUUGUUCCAGUUACGUGAUACAUGGCCUGUCACAGUUCCGUUACUAGCCAAGGAAGUGUGGGAUCCGGUGCUACAUGCAAAUGCAUUCAAUAUGCAUACCAGACGGUCGGAGCAGUUUUACUUAGGUACCCCUAGAUUUUACUUGGCACAUUCUUUUAACUUUUAAAUAUAUAAUUAGGGAUUCAUAUUGGCUGGCGUGGCGCCAAAUAUCUUGGAAAUGUCAAGACAUCAAUAGUGCACUAGUGCUAGCACUUAUCUACAUGUAACAGGUAUCAUUCAUAUCAAGCGGAAGUAUAUCAGUUAUCAACAGCGAAGGAAAAAAACAAAUCGAUGGUUAUCAAGCUUGAGAAAUAUGAUUUUGUCCCUGCUAUAUGCUAUCUGUACAAUAGGGAAACUACAUGGUUAAUAUAAAAUUAUAUCUUUAAAUGAAGCGACUCAUAUAAUAUCGAUCGAACUUCGCUUCAAGAAGUUAGUUUGAUCAUCAAUUCAGCUAGUCAACAAAUUUGAAUUAAUCACUAAACCAUGAAAGGGUCUCUGAAUAUACAUUAUUGCAACUGUGACAUAAGAAAAAUAUAAAUAAGAAAUAAGGUUGUAGUCUUCGAUUUUGUUGACUGUUUGAAUCUACGAACGUAAGUUUUGAAUUUAAGAUUGUUGAAGACUUUCUGCUUUGCACCUAUCUAGUUCAAAUAAAACCAUAUAAAUAAA